AUGGUUUUGCCAGGAAUGCUUCAUAUUUCAUUAGUCUAGGCAAUGGUAAAGAAUGGAAUCUUAGUAGGAGCAUAGAAUGUAAGUUAGUUCGAAUCGGGAGCUUAUACUGGAGAGAUUGCUGCUGAGUAGAUUAAAGAUUAUGGUAUUGAGUGGGUUAUGAUAGGCCAUUCAGAGAGAAGAUAUAAAUUUGGAGAUACAUUGGAGAUAAUUUCCAAAAAAGUGAAACUAGCUAUCGAAAAUCAACUAGGUGUUGUUCUGUGUGUUGGAGAGAAUCUUGAAUAAAGAGAGAAGGAGUUGACAAAUUAGGUACUAGAUGAACAGCUUAGAUCUUGCUUAGCAUCUUUUGAUGGUCAAUGGGAGAAUGUAGUUAUAGCAUAUGAACCAAUUUGGGCUAUAGGCACUGGCAAAAUAGCCUCAGCUGAUUAAACAUAAGAAGCCCAUGAAUAUAUUAGGCAAUGGGUGAGGGAUAAUGUAGGAGCACAUAUUGCAAAAGACAUUAGAAUUAUCUAUGGGGGCUCAGUUACAGAGACAAACUGCGAAAAUCUUAUUAGACUAUCUCAUGUUGAUGGGUUUCUCGUGGGUAGUUCCUCAAUUAAGCCAGGUUUCAGAGAUAUUUUUGACACAGUAUAUUCCUAUGCCCUAAAAUGA